AUGGCAUCCGAAUUGCUAAUGCCCAACGAUGUCAUAGACAAACUAACGUGCACCUCGUGCAAAAAUUAUCUGGCAAUAUUUCCAAUAUACCUGAUGGGAACUGAAAAUGCAGCUGUUUGCGGCCGCUGCCAAGUCGUCAAGGACGACUACAUAAUUAGAGAUGAAGCCUUUGAAAGUUUAGCUCAAUACCUGGUAUUUCCAUGCGCAAAUGCCAACAAUGGAUGCAAAGAAAAUUAUUGUCCGGCGGAUUUAAGGUUGCACGAAUCCACAUGCGAGUAUAGACAAUUCGAUUGCCCCAGCAAACACUAUAGCAAAUGCGAAUGGCAAGGAUCUUCAAAAACAUUAGCUGAUCAUUUCGAAAAAGACCAUCCAGCCCAGUUCAUCAAGGAUUUCAAGUUCGAGGUCAAUUUCAGCAGCAGCCAAAAAGAAAAUAUGCUUUUGGUUUACGAAAACACAUUUUUUAUUGUCAACAAAGAAAUCGAUUCAAGAAAGAAUUUCUUCUGGUGUUCCGUCAAAAAUAUUCUAGUCGAUGAUGAGUCCAACAAGUACAAUUAUAGAUUGAUACUGGAAAGUGGUAACCGCAACUAUAGCCACAAGUUUCCCGAGAAAAACACCACUAGUUUAUCAGAUGAAAAUUUGACCAAAGUCGACGCUAGUUUGUUGCAAGAAAGGCUCGGCGAACCCGAAACUAUUAUCGCGCGUAUCGAGAUUCAAAAGGCGUCAACAGCUAAUGUCUCGAUUAACAAACCAGAGGCUGAGGAUAAGGAAGUCAAUCUCGAGCUACUCAGAGAGCUGGAAUGCCCUAAUUGUAAAGAGUACAUGGUGGGAGAUAUUUACCAAUGUCACAAAGGACACAGCGUUUGCGAUAAUUGCAGAUCAAAAAAUUGUAUAGUAUGCAGCGAACCAAUUCAAGACACCAAAAACUACUCGCUCCAGAAAUUCGCAAAUUUCUUCGAUUUUCCCUGCAAAUACAGAAAAACCGGAUGCAAGUUUACAGGCAAAAACACGGAAAUUAAAACGCACGAGAAAUACUGCAAAUUCGGUCCUUACAACUGUCCACUAGCCGGCUUUGUGGAAUGCGCCUGGAAAGACAACGUUGCCGAAAUAAUCAGCCAUGCCGAAAAAGUCCACAACGAUAUGAUUUUAAAAUCGGACAGAAUCAACAUUGAUUGGAAGAAGGAUUCAAUGCCCAACACUAAAAAAUGCUCUCUUAUUUUAUUUUCUGGCAGUCUGUUUCGUCUUAUUUUUAAAUACGAAAACGAUAAAAUGUAUUGGUGCGUUCAAUGCGUUGGUCCAGCUGAAAAUUGCAAGGACCUCAAAUACGAAAUCGACUUUAUUGACAACUCUGAUGAUAAUCUGAGACAUUUUCUUAGACACAAAGUCAUGCCUUUAGCCCCUGUGGAUGAAAGUUUUCAACUUUAG